UUAAUUAUAGACAGGAUGCGAGUGACGACAGUCGUCCCAUCGAGACCUCAAAUGCUGGAAUAAAUUUGACAUUAAGAUACUUGAUCUUGGCUCCCGUGAUGCGACGUAAAUACGAGGUGCACUAUAAAGCCUGGGUCCCCCGCUGGAACAUAAGUUGUUUACCCUGAAAAAAGGUACCUGCUCUGGACAUAACCCUGCCCAGGCUUGACAAGAGAGGGCUCCUUUAAAAUCCAAUCCGCGGGACUUUACGUAAUAGAACAGAGGCAGAAAAGCGAGGAUUUCGCGACAAGGGGACUGACUCUCGAGCGGUGGAAGCGCAGCCGCCACCGGGCAAACAGAGGAUCUCAAGAGAUUCACGGUGAAUACCUUGGCUAGACUGAAAUCAGGAUUAGUUAUCUGCCACUGCGAUAUAUCCUCACCUAUUAACAAUAAAAUCGUCAAGGAGAAUAUUGAACAGCUAGUGUUCCGCCAACAUUUCCACACCUUGGUGACCCCUUCAAGACAGAAAGACAAAAAGCUAGGAAGUUGAAAACGAAAGGAAGUUAGGAAGUUGAAACAGAAGAAGGAAGAAGAAGUUGUGGUGGAAGAAAAGAAAGUUGUGACAGGAAGUAAAAAGUUUCUGCAGGAAGCGGCCCAAAAUGGCGGCCACCGAACUGCAGCGCGGUCUGGAGCAGGCUGGGCGGGGCUGGGGAACAGAGAAGGUGGAGCUUCUGGACAGCUUCGACUCAGAGAUGCAGGAAUGGGAGGACCAGCUGCAGGACAUGCAGAGGAAGAUAGAGGAGCUUUACAAUGAGGUGCAGGCUCGUAGAGGGGGAAAUGAUGUCACCAUGGACAACGGCAAAAAUGAUAGGAUGCACCAUGGCAAUGGCUUCUGUGACCUGCCUGGCAGCCAUAGCAACAGAACCAAGGACCACCCAAGAGCUGUUGUUGUGCCAAAUCACUGUAGCAACGGUUGUAGUCACGGCCACAACGGUUACGGCGAACCUGUCAACCAUCAGAUUGGUGGCUAUUAUCCAAAUUGCAACGGUGCGGUGGAACUUGAAGACUUGUUGCAGGAUUAUCUUGGACAUGGUCACGGAAAGACCUGGAAGACCAACUCAGCUCUCAAUAAUGUAACCCUUGUCCCACUUCUCUCUCAGCAUCUGAAGGAGAUCACUAAAGGGAGCCAGGAUCAGUCUCUGCACCGGGAUGCGAUGAAGAGGAGGCCUGUUGAGAAUGAGAGGAUUGGUCAGGUGCGGUUUGCAGACGAGGAGGCUGAGAACAGGAAGAACAGAGUGUCACACAGAAAGAGUUCCCCCUGCAGGGACCUUAACAAGCCCCCUGUUAGACAGAGAGAAGUCCCUCCCGUACCCCCCCGCUCCACCUCCCAGGUUGCCUCAUCCGAGACUUCCCCAGCACUCGACAGAAAGUCCCACCCCCCUGGGGUCCUUGUGGACAAGAAGUGUUGUAGCCCCUCGGUCCUCAGGAAGUUUGGGGCCAUGCUCCAGAAGAACGAGGGGAAAACCCUCACCAACACCGGUGUGGUGACCAACCAGGUGCCUAUCGAGAACAAGUGCCCCACCCCCGUCUGUCAGCGCAAAGAGCUGGGCGGCAGCAGGGCGCCUGGGCGCUUGCCUGUCCAGAAAUGCCAGGCGGAUUCCAUCAUGCUUACAGUGGCAAUGGACCCCAGCAAAGAACGAGGAUCUGGUGGGGCAGUGAGAGACUAUAGGAGAGAGAGCCAGCUUGGUGAGGGUAGAGGCACCUCAAUGGCUAGCUAUGCUCACCCUAAAGGAUCCCAGGCAGGGCGUCAGAGGAGGGCCGAGGCCAAAGCAAGGGCCCUCGGAGGGGCAGACAGAGAGACAGACAUUGGUCUGGUCCAGGGGGAGAGGGCCAGGAGGCCUGCAUACCAGCCUAGGGAGCCCAUACUGGACUACAGGAACUUGAGUGGGUCCCAUGUUGGAGCUCAGAGGAUUCAGAGGGGAGGGCCAGUUGCAGGUCAGAAUAAGGACGAUGGACUCAUUGAGCUACUGGAUAUGCUGGACAUCGAGCACGAGUACAACUCCAGCCCCCGAGCCACAAAGUCUGCCUACAGAAAGGACACACAGAAGGUGAGCCCAGCCGAGUUGUCCCCAGCAACCCCGUCACUGAACUUCUCUCGUCCUGCCCGCCCAGCCAAUCAACGCCCUCCAUCCAGAUGGGCUAGCUGUGCUCCCACUGCCUUGAUCUCUGCCCCCUCCGGUCCAAUGUCCCGCGCCCCAAGCCCCUUGGCACACACCCCUAGCCCCAUAGCAAGAACCCCAAGCCCCGCCCUAAAGCAGCAAUCUUUCUGCUCCUAUUUGCUCCACACCGAGACUGUCAUCAUGUGAGAGACACGUUCCCCGACCCC